AUGAGUAAUAAUGAUGAAGCUCAUGGUUAUGAAGGUUUAUUAAUAACUUCAGCUUCGUCUAAUAAGCGUUCAUUAGCAAAUCACUUUGUUGAUUGUGUAAAAAAAACGAAAUAUUUUGUUCCUUGUACAUUAUUAUCACCAUCAAAAACAAUAAAUGAUCAAACAAUAAAAGAUACUCAAAUACUUCAACUAAAAAAACCUAUAGAGCAACAACCAAAACGAGGCUCAUUAUGUGUUGCGUAUUCAAUCUCAAACGAUGAACAUACUGAUAAUUUAAUUUUGACAUUACAUGUAAUGCGUGCACGACAAUUAUCAAUUCUAGAUUCCGAUAAAAUGAAUACAUUUGUUAAAGUUAAAUAUUCUCAUCAUUUUGAACAAUCUUCAAAAAUUAUUCAUGGAACUAAUUCACCUAUUUAUGAUGAAAGAUUUCAUAUACUUUUAAAUAAAAAUAAUUUAUCAACACCAUCAAAACGUUUGACAAUCUCUGUUUAUAAUCAAUCCAUAUCAAACAAUAAGUAAGUUGUAUCUGUGUGUUAAAAAAGAGAUAUCGAAGUUUUUUCUCGACACUAUCUUCAAACGAACCUUAUUAUGACAAGUUCUUAUUUGUGUGAAAACAGUAAUCGAAUCAUCUUCAUUUCUUUCUUUCUUUCUAACAUGUGUAAACGAAGAUUCACUAUCUUUUCUCCCUUAACAACACAUCUGUUAGUCUGACGAAUAAAUAUAUCGAUUACGGAGUGCGGGGGGGGGGGGGGGGGGGAAGGAAAAAAAAAAAAAAAGAAAAAGGAAAGAAGAAUAUAAUAUUUUAUGUGUUUAAUUGUUGAUUUUUUUAUUUGAGUAGUUAUAUGUCGUGUUUGUGAU